AUGAAGAAGCUGAUGCGGAGGCUGUCGAGGGUCGCCGACUCCUCGAUGCUGAGAUCCGAGCGGAGGACGGCGGGCGGCGGGCGGGUGCCGGAGGGCCACCUGCCGGUGUACGUCGGGGAGGAGAUGGAGAGAUUCGUGGUGAGCGCGGAGCAUUUGAACCACCCGAUCUUCGUAAAGCUGCUGAACCGGUCGGCUCAGGAGUACGGCUACGAGCAGAGGGGCGUGCUCCGGAUCCCCUGCCGCGUCUUCGUCUUCCGUCGCGUGCUCCACGCUCUCGGCGGGGCGCGUCGUGACGCGCAGGACCUGCUCGACUCCCUGGCCGAUGAGUUGUAG